CUUCAACUCGUCUUUCAAGCAACAGGUUGAUAAUAUUGACACGAUGUCGCCAUCUUUCCCCAUUUCCAUUUGUCAUGACUUGGCAUUGACUCCAAUCACGCAAUGUCCACAGCCCCACCCACAAUACGAAUUCUCCUCGUCCAUCCCCAACCCCAAAUUUUGCCCAAAUAUCGAGUCUUCUUCCUUCUGAGUUAUCAGAUCAGAUCAACCACGUGGCGAGUGCCAUCAUAAAGGUUUCAUCACCAUGGCCUCACCCCAGCCGACUAACCGCUUCCUGUCGGUGGUCCGGUCGAUCCCCUUCCAGAUCGCUAUCGCCAGUGGCGUUUCCUUCACUGCUCCGGGCAUGUGGGAUGCCUUGAAUAACCUGGGAGCUGGAGGUGCCGCAGAGCCGUAUGCUGUCUCAGCUGCGAAUGCCCUGCUGUAUGGACUGUUCGCUGUGGUUUGUAUCGCUGCCGGUGCCAUCAACAACCGUAUCGGGCUUCGCUAUGGCCUGGCGCUGGGAGCCAUCGGGUACCCUAUCUACGGUGCCGGUCUGUAUACGAACAACUAUUCGCCGACCACGUGGUUUCUGCUGUUUGGAAGUGCUUUGUGCGGUAUCUCGGCUGGUUUCUUCUGGGCUGCCGAAGCGGCCAUCAUCAUCGGGUACCCUAGUCCCAAGGACAGAGCGUUCUACCUAGCGAUUUGGCAAACCGCCAAAGCUGCAGGCCCCAUUGUCGGUGGCGCGAUCGAACUGGGCCUCAAUGCCCAGAACUCCGGGAAGGGAACCGUUAGCGAAAGCACGUACAUUGUCUUCAUCGUGCUCAUGUGUCUCGGACUUCCUAUUGGUCUAUGUUUAAGUCCAGCGGAGAAGGUCCAACGCAAAGACCGGACUCUGGUUGUCGUCCACACGCAAGCCACGUGGAUGGCCGAAUUCAAAGCCGUUAUCUCGCUGCUCUUCACCCGCCGUAUUGCCAUGCUGAUGCCGGCCUUCUUCAUCAGCUACUUCUACAACGGUUUCCAGAGCACCUGGCUGACAGACUACUUUACUGUCCGCUCGCGGGCGUUCUCUUCAUUCUUCACCAACUUUGCUGGCAUCACUUCUUCCUUCCUCAUUGCCACCCUACUGGAUAAACAAUCCAUUCACAUCAAGACGCGGGCCCGCGUAGCCUUCGCCUCAAUCAUUGUCGUGCUCACGGGCACUUGGAUUUGGGCCACCAUCUUGCAGUACCAGUUCUACUAUGAAUAUACGAACCCGCUCUUUGACUGGUUCAAGGGCGGGUUCGGCAAGACCUACGCUCUUGUUUUCUUCUGGUCUUUCGGUGGCCAGGCUUUCCAGCAGUUCCUUUACUGGCUUGUCGGACAGUAUACCACCGACCUUUCGUCCCUGUCUCACCACUGCGGUAUCCUCCGUGGGUUCGAGGCUCUGGGACAGACAGUUGCCUGGGCCAUGCAAUCCGAAGGCAAUGCCAACCACUUCGUCAGCAUUGGCCUCAACUUCGGCAUCACCUUGUUUUGCGUGAUUCCCACGUGGAUCAUCAUCUCAGAGCUCGAGCAUACCCAUGAAGUGGAGGUUCGCGCCGAGGAUGUCAAGGCCGUCGAUGAUGGUGAGGCUGAGCCGCAGACGGCUUAAUUCUACUAACUUGUAUAAUAUCAUUUUAGCGUUUUCAACAACUUGUGCUGCCUUUCAGCGAGGCGUUUGGGGGUUUUAGUCGAGCAGGACUGGACUUGAUUCAACAGCAUGUCGGAAUUCUUAUGAAAUAUUGGAGAUGGCAGGAGUGGUCUAAGGGUUUAGAAGUUAAGGGGAAGAGGGGUGAAAGAUAAUAUAAUAUAUUAUAAUAUCAACUAGAG